ACAUGACAACUUUUCGAAGCAGUUUUCAAAAGUUUCUAUUACUAUGCAUUUUUGAUUUUGAAGUUUUUUAAGCAGUUACUUGUGUUAUUGUUAUCUGUUAUCGACUGCCUUUGUUAUCAAUUGUAGGCGCAUUUCAUAUUAUUGACUCAUUUUUAUAAUGUUGUUCUUUGCUUCAGAUUUUUUCAUACUUUUCUCAAGCUAUCACAAAACACACAAUCAAGCUAGACAACAGCCGAUAAAUAUAUACGUUUGAUUUGGGUAUUUACUAUUGAAGCAGUUUAAUUCAUCGGGUUAGGGUGCAUGUUUUACUUUCGUUAAACUUGCGGACUAAAAAUCUGUCCAUUUGUUGUCCCUAAUAUAAUAACAUACCGGUUCCACUUUAUUUUGACUGAAUUUUAACAUUUGCUGAACGUAAUCGCAUUUCGUUGGUAAGAUAAAAUUAUGGAAGGUCUGCCGUUUUUGCCAGGAAAUGCCUUUAAAGACCCUACGCAAAACAAUUUUCACCUUUCUCACACUCUGGAUAUGAAAAAUGGUUUACGAUAUGCGAAAGCCUACCCAGAAGUUGGGAUUGGUGGUCGUCCUUUGAAAGUCAACCAGCUAAACGAGGAAGAAUUAGACGAAUUAGCAAAUUUUCAGCCGACUUUAACUUAUGGAAGGACGAAACAGUCGCUUGUUUCUGAAUUCAUUCCUGCCCACGUCGCGUUGUAUAAUAAGGUCCUUCGAUUUUAUGGAUAUUUCAAAGAAACAGUUAACGAAUCACAAGUUGAGCACUACAGAGUCCGGCUGGUUCAGAUAUUGUACUUCCUAGAGGACGACAGCAUGCUGGUGAUGGAACCCCCACAAAACAAUAGUGGUAUACCUCAAGGAAAAUUAGUUUGUAGACAUAGAAUUCCAAAGAAUGAUAUCGGGGAUUGUUACAAUUGGCGUGAUCUGAAUCUUGGUACAAAUCUGGCUAUAUAUGGUCGAGUUUAUCGCAUUACAAACUGUGACAAGUUUACAAAGGACUUUUUAGAGAGCGAAGGAGUUAUUGUGAAUGAACCUGAACAGGAACCAAUAGAUCCAUAUUUGGCUGAAAGAGCUAAACGUGAAGCUAUAGCUCUUGGCAAAACACCUUCAUCCUUUGAUAAACGACGUCAGUAUCUCGAACUUGAUCGUAAGGUUUUACGAUUUUACGCCGUACAGGAUGAACGACAUGAAAUGUUUGGUGAAUGUCGUAAAUUUAUUAUACAUUAUUAUUUAGCUGAUGACACUUUGGAAAUACGUGAAAUUCAUACAGCGAAUGAUGGUCGUGAUCCAUUCCCCUUAUUAUUGAGACGUGAAAGAAUACCAAAAUGUCGUGAUACUAUCCCUCAAUCAUUUCCAAGUGUCAGUAUGGAAAUAACUGAAAAUGAAGUGAAAGAAUAUUUCUCACCGAAAGAUUUUCAUAUUGGUCAAUCAGUUAAUAUUCUUGGUCGGAAAUAUUUAAUAUAUGAUUGUGAUAAUUUUACAAAAGCAUGGUAUCAUAAUAAUUUUGGAUUAACAGAAUUUACUCCAUUAGAUAUAGAAAUUAAACAACCGGAAUUACCGAAAAAGGAAAUUCCACCAUAUAAUGGCUUUGGAACAAUUGAAGAUAGUUUAGUAUCUACAAAAUCAUUCAUUUUAAAACCUCCAAAAGUUGAUUUCGCAAAACAAGUGGAUUAUGCACAAAAAGUGUUAAGAUAUGAAGCUCGUUUAGAUAGUUUUCGACCUGAAGAUGCAUAUCGACGAUUUAUCAUAUCGUAUCAUCUGGCUGAUGAUAUGAUAUCAAUUUUUGAAACUCCGAUAAGAAACUCUGGUUUCCCUGGUGGGACAUUUCUCAAAAGAUCAAGAGUUAUGAAACCUGGAAGUACAUUAGAUAAUCCAAUUUAUUAUGGUCCUAUAGAUUUUUCAAUUAAUUCAAAAAUUGAUAUAUUUGGUACACGUUUCAUUAUAACCGAUGCUGAUGAAUAUGUUCUUAAAUUUCUUGAAGCUAAUCGUGAUCAAUUUUCUGAUGAAUUAAUUAAUGGUUUACAUGAACAUUUAAAUAAUAAAGAAAAUCAAACAACAAUUAAACAACAGUUUCAUCAUAAAGGAGGUAAUGUUGACUUUAAACGAGAAGAUGGUGAUAUUAACGAUAUUAUGAGUGAAGUUAGAAUGCAACUAAAGAAAAUGUCAAUAACAGAUAAAUGUAGAAUUGAUGAUAUGUUUCUUACAUAUAAUAAAGACAGACGUGGUUGUAUUGACAUUGAAAAUUUGAAAGACAUGUGUAAGAAAAUCCACAUUCCGCCAGAUGAGGAUGUACUCAAGGCGUUACUUGAUAAGUAUGGUACUGAAGGAAAAAUGUCACUAGAACAAUUUGGAAGAUUUUUUGAACAGCCAUAAUUAUAAUGAACCAUGAAUAGUACUUAUAAUGAAAUAAACUUUUUGCACUUGUUUAUCUGUAGUAGAAGAGUUGAAUGAGAUAUAACUAACUUCUAAUUUGUCUUUAAGAUAGUUGAGUUCAUAAAACAAAACAAAUUUAAUAUAAAUAAGCAUAUAUGUAAUGCCAUUUUUUGUACAAGUCAGUUUAUUAUCACAACAUUUGCAAUCGAUGAAAUGCUUCAUAAUGCAGAUUAAAUUACGUCAACUCUUGAAACAUAUUGGAUUUACUUGACAAAAUAUUUAUAGUGUGUGCACAUUUAAUAGAAAUCCAUAUUAUGAUGAUUGAAGAAAUAAAGAAUUAUAAUGCAUGUCCAUGAAAC